GAUAUAAGUAUUUAAAAAUAGUAAUGUAGAUAACUUAUUAAGCGUGUGACAUUGUUUUGUUGAUAUUGUUCACAGUAAAAUAAUGUCCCUUGAAAGAUUUGUUGGUAAAGUUGCUGUUGUGACUGGAGCAUCUGCUGGUAUAGGCAAGGCUGCAGCUGAAGCUUUGGUGAAACAAGGGCUAAUUGUAGCUGGACUUGCUAGAAGAUUGGAACGUCUAAAUGAAAUAGAACUAGAACUGAAAAAUGAAAAGGGCAAAUUUCACCCAUUCCAAUGUGACUUAACCAGCGAGCACGAAAUCAUUUCCAGUUUUAAGAAAAUAACACAAACUCUGGGGCCCGUUCAUGUUCUGAUUAAUAACGCUGGAGUAGCCCCAAGCGGGAAUAUUAUAGAUGGAGAUAUCAGCAAAUGGAGACAGAUAAUAGAUACCAACAUUUUAGCGCUAUGCAUUGCUACUAGAGAAGCUAUAUCCAGCAUGCAAGCUAACAAUAUCAAAGGACACAUCAUCCAUGUAAACAGUGUAGCAGGUCACGAACCUUUGGACAUUCCAUCAGGCCUAUCUAUAUAUGGGGCAUCAAAAUAUGCCGUUACGGCUCUUACAGAAAGUUUGAGAAGAGAAAUCAAUAGGAACAAGCUACCAAUUAAAAUAACGAGUUUAAGUCCUGGAUAUGUCAAAACUGAAAUGAUAAACACUGUGUCUGAAGAUGUGAUGAAUUUUUAUACAAACCUAAGUGGUCUAGAAGUUGAAGACUUGGCAGAUAAUAUAGUUUACAUACUAUCAACGCCAGAGCAUGUAAAUAUUAAAGAAUUGACAGUGGUUGUGCAAGGAGAUCCUGUUCCAGAAGCAUAAACUCAAAUUUGAAAUACAAAAUGUCACAAUUUUGUAAAGAUUAAAAUCUUUAUUUUAUAUUAUAUUAAUUAUCGGCUUGGUUCUCUAUUAUUAAAAGCUGUUUUAGUUAGAGGCAUCAAUCAAAAAUAAACCCGAACGUUAAAUUUGGACAGACUAUAGGUAUAUCAGAUUUUUACUACCAAUAAUUCUGAAUAUAUUUCUUAAUAACCCAGUAGAUAACAUGACAUCAUUAACAAAAUAAAAAUCUAUAGAACA